GUAAAAAAAAUACUAAAAUGUUACGUCUGAUCUGUUGAAGACGAGUGGAUAUUGUGCCUUGCCGGUUAGUUAAUAAAACAAAUGCUAUAAUUUAGCAAUUUGUAUAAGCGGUAUGGGCUUGUUGACAAUUUUGAAAAAAAUGAAGCAGAAAGAAAAGGAAGUGAGGUUGUUAAUGUUAGGUUUAGAUAAUGCUGGGAAGACCACCAUCUUGAAAAAGUUUAAUGGAGAAGAUAUUAAUACUAUAUCUCCAACUUUAGGAUUCAACAUCAAGACUUUGGAACACAGGGGGUUCAAGUUGAACAUGUGGGAUGUUGGGGGCCAAAAAUCACUCCGUUCAUAUUGGAGGAAUUACUUUGAGAGCACAGAUGGCCUUAUUUGGGUUGUAGACAGUGCAGAUCGUCGACGGUUAGAGGACUGCAGGAGUGAGCUUCAGACACUUCUUGUUGAAGAGAGGCUCGUGGGAGCAACAUUACUAGUAUUUGCAAACAAGCAAGACCUUCCAGGGGCACUUCCUGCUGAGGAAAUUAAAGAUGUUCUAGAGCUGGACUGUAUUAGUUCUCAUCAUUGGAAGAUCUUACCUUGCAGUGCUGUCACUGGAGAGAAUCUAUUGGAGGGAAUUGAUUGGACUCUAGAUGACAUAGCAGCUCGUAUCUUCACUUUAGACUAAAGAAGAUAAUGCUGAAAUUCUCCUAGAGACAAGUGGAUAUCACACCAGUCUUUUCAUCAAGGGACCCAGUUGGCUACUACCAUCGCAGAAAUGGCCCUUCUCGGGACUUCCCUGAAGAUGACAGCAGAUUAGCAACUACAAAAAUAGGAUGAAAUUUAAUUAAUUAAUAUCAACUGAUAAAAUAAAAUAUUAGUAACUAAUUAGUAAUUAGACCUAUAAACCAUGAAAAUAAUUAAUAUCCCAUUGCCUUAAUCUUACCAUAAGUCUUAAUAAGUAUUAUAUGUUAACAUUCAAGUGUUAGGAACAGUGAAACCUUAAGUUAGGUUAUCAGAAACUUAAGUAUCUUUAAUGUUUAUUUAAAAAUAUUAGAAACUAAAAUGGUUAAACCUUAGAUAGAGUUUAUAAAAUGUUCAUUGGUGUAGUCAGGAGAUAUUAUUUGUGAUGGAAAACUGGGAGAUUGAGGACAAAGUAAACAUUGUUUGUCUUAAGAAACAAACUAAUCAAGUUAGCUUACAUUGAUUUACACAUUUAAACUGAGAUUUCUGAGAAAAAAUUACUUUUAGAAUCACAAGAUGACAAUACCCAUCCUAUUUAACCUAGUUAAUAGGCCUGAACAGAAAACUUCUGAGUAUAGUAAAUGUUGCAAUAAUGCUAAUAAACUGCACCAAGCAAUUAAAGAAUAACUGAAAAUUACAUUAUUUAACAUAUGAUAAGGCAAAACCAUUAUUAUAAUGACAAUCAGCUCCCUUAGUUAAUUUGUAUGCAAAUACAGCCUGGCAUUGAUGCUGGAUAGUUAAACUUGAACAGUGUUGAUGAGGCCAGAGGUAUCAUCAGUCAUUUUUUGGAAAAAGCUGUUUCCAGAGCAUCUUUAUUGCUUGGAGUUACUGGUAUUGAAGUAUAGUGAGUUAGCAGUCCACUCCAUUUGAUUAAUUUUCUAUGGUUAACCAGAUUAGUACAAUGGGAGGGGUAUUUUGUCAUCUACUAAUUUUGAAAUCAUGGCCAAUUACACUAGUAUCUGGCAACACAAUAUAAUGUAUGACAUUAUUGGUACUGUUCUUCAGGAUAUACAGGUCAGUAUAUUCACUGAUGCUUGUUCUUGCUUCUUAUACCACUACUAUGAAUAUCAUGUUCUUUUCCAUUUUCUGUCCAAAUGAAUAUAUACCUGUAAUCUGUCUGUAGGGUGAAGCAUAAAUCAUCUUUGAAAAGA